GCAGUUAAUAGUAAUUAAUUAUAGAUUUAUGCCCCCCAAAAGUCCACACCAACACCAACCCACAAAAAAGGUCCAACUACUUUUUAGAGUGUUCUGAAUCUUCUCACCUCACCUAAAACCAAAACCAACACAAGAGAUAGAACACCUACAAGACUGACCUACCACCACCCUUGCUUUCCUUUCAUUUCUUGCCUUUGAAUCUCCUCUGAUUAUACACACAACACAACAAUUAUAACUUAAAAGACCCUUUUUUUUGUGAGAGAAAGAGAAAAUGGGAAGCUCUGGAAUUGCAUUGGAUGACAUACCUUCCCUUGACAUGAUGACCGAACUCCUCCGCCGUCUCAAGUGUUCCUCCAAGCCCGACAAACGCCUCAUUCUUGUUGGUCCUCCUGGAUCUGGAAAAGGUACACAGUCACCUAUUAUAAAGGAUGAAUUUUGCUUAUGCCAUUUAGCCACUGGUGAUAUGUUGAGAGCUGCUGUUGCUGCUAAAACUCCUCUUGGAAUUAAGGCUAAAGAAGCCAUGAAUAAGGGAGAACUUGUAUCUGAUGACUUGGUUGUUGGUAUAAUUGAUGAAGCCAUGAAAAAACCAUCAUGCCAAAAGGGUUUUAUUCUAGAUGGCUUUCCCAGGACUGUUGUUCAAGCUCAAAAGCUAGAUGAGAUGCUUGAAAAGCAGGGAGCCAAAAUCGACAAGGUUCUCGACUUUGCAAUUGAUGACUCCAUAUUGGAGGAGAGGAUCACCGGUCGAUGGAUACACCCUUCGAGUGGUCGCUCUUACCACACCAAAUUCGCACCUCCAAAAGUUUCUGGUGUUGAUGAUGUCACUGGAGAACCUCUGAUUCAAAGAAAAGAUGACACUGCAGAAGUUCUUAAGUCAAGGCUAGAUGCAUUUCACAAGCAAACAGAACCGGUUAUCAAUUAUUAUGCCAAGAAAGGUGUCCUUGCCCAACUGCAUGCAGAAAAACCUCCAAAAGAGGUCACCACUGAAGUACUGAAGGCUCUCUCUUAAAGGAUUACAAGUCGAAGACUCAAUUGAAAUGGGAUUGUUUUAAUUCUCUUUUUACCACAACUUCAUUUUUCUUCACUUGCCAAACAUUGAGAGCUUAAGUUGGUUUUUCAACUUCAUAGAGGCCAUUUUACUAUUUUUAUCGAAUAAAAAAGUUGACAGAGGUCGGAAUUUUUAGAUUCAGAAGUCAAUUCAAUCA